AUGGUUGAAGAAUCAAAUUUUUCAUCAAUACAAACAACAGACUAUGAUAUGACAGAUGAUGAAUUAAUGGACUUUUGUUAUUCUGAUAAUUUGAUUAAAUGUGAUAAUAAAUCUAUUUCUUAUCAUAUCGAUAAUAUACUUCAAAUUCCUGAUUAUUUAUCCAUGAAAAAUAAGAAAAUAUUUGAAGAUAUGUUUCAUCAAAAAAUUUACGAUUCAAAACGUUCAAUGAACAUGGAAGAAUUACGAUUAAUUACUAUUCUUAUGCAUCAACUAGAUGUUCUUAAUUUGAAUAGAUCUCUUUGGAAUCAUUAUCUAAAAUCAGGUACAUGUAGUCUAUUAACAAUAAAUGAAACAAAUUUUAAAAUAUGGCCAUUAAAAAUAAAAACAAUGAUUCAAUAUGCUCAACGUCCUACAACAAUAAGUGAUCCUAAUCAGAUUCUAGUUAAUGAUAGUAUGUGUUUAAAAUAUGUCAAUGAAUAUUUACAAGAAUUAAAUAGUAAACAAAAACAAUUACAAGAACAAUUAAUGUUAAAACAAAAACAACCUCAUGGUUAUACAAAUACAAUUGAAAAUAUUCUAGAAACAUUUAUUCAAGAACAAAAUCAGAAUUUACGUUUACAAUAUGAAUAUGAUAUGAAAUUAGUAGAAUUUGAUUAUCGUGAACAAUUACUUGUUCAUAAAUUUCAUGAAGAAAAGCCUACUCAACAACAAUUAGAAUUAACUAAACAUCUUUUUCAUCUUAAAUAUGAUUAUGAAACAGCUAGACAAGAUAUGAUAUUGACGGAACAACAUAUGAGUAAUAAUAUAUUACCAGAAGUAUUAUGUCGUGUCGAAUCUUCAUUACCAUCUUCAAUUCAAUUAAUAAUUGAUACAGAUUUACGUCAUCAAUUAUGCGAUCGUCAUCGUCACAUUACAAAAAAAUAUAAAAUAGAAAUGAUGGCAAUUAUUAUUGAUACAAUGAAAGUUAAAUUAGAAGAUUCUCAAAAAUUAUUUGAUGAUAAACUAGCUAAUAUGUGUCAUGAUCAACAUUUACUACCAAUAGGCCAACGAUUGAAUCAAACAAUGAUUGAUAUGAUAGAACGUCAUCUAGUUUUUAUUACUGAAAAAAUUGCAUAUCUUUAUCCUUUAAAUAAUGUUACAAAAUAA